AAGCAUAGCGAGGGGAGGAUUUAUGUGCUGAAGUUAGUUAGUUAUUUUACUUUUUUAAUGUUUUGGUGGCUGACUAUUAACAAUGACAGAGGAGUCGGCUGUUAAAGUUUGUGUUCGUGUCCGUCCGCUUAUCGCGAGGGAAGAAAGUGCCGAGUCUGAGAAUGCAGAGCCCGUCCACCUGUUUUGGAAAGCUGAUAAGAAGUCGAUUCAUCAGAUCGACGAUGGGAAUUCCACCAAGAGCUUUUGUUUUGACCGAGUGUUCACUGCAGAUGAAACAACCAAUCAGCUGUACCAGACCAUUGCAAAGCCUCUGGUUGUGUCCACUGUUGAGGGAUACAAUGGAACCAUAUUUGCUUACGGACAAACUUCUUCCGGAAAGACUUUUACUAUGAUGGGAUCUGAACGAGCACCUGGAGUGAUCCCUCUGGCUGUGGAGGAUGUCUUCCAAACUAUCAAAAAUUGUCCAAAAAAGGAGUUCCUUCUCAGGGUUUCGUACAUGGAGAUCUACAAUGAAACAGUCACAGACCUGCUUGUUGACAGCUGGAAGAGGAAACCCCUGGAAGUCAGAGAGACAAUCAAUAAAAACAUCUAUGUGGCUGACCUCACUGAGGAACUGGUUACGUCUCCUGCACAAGCCCUGGCCUGGAUUCGGAAAGGAGAGAAGAACCGUCACUAUGGAAAGACGAAAAUGAAUCAGCGGAGCAGCCGCUCGCACACCAUUUUUCGAAUGAUCCUGGAGAGCAGAGAAAGGAGCGACCCAGCAUCAGGAGAAAAUGCUGAUGGAGCCAUUAUUGUGUCUCAUUUGAAUUUGGUUGAUUUAGCUGGAUCUGAGAGAGCAAGUCAAACAGGAGCUGAAGGCGCUCGUUUCAAAGAAGGUUGCAACAUCAAUCGUAGCCUCUUCACACUCGGCCAAGUGAUCAAGAAACUGACUGAUGAAAGCCAGAAGGGUUUCACCAACUACAGAGACAGUAAGCUAACCCGCAUCCUGCAGAACUCUUUGGGUGGGAAUGCUAAAACCGUCAUCAUCGGCACCAUCACUCCUGUUGCUCUAGAUGAGACACUCAGCACUCUGCAGUUUGCCAGCACUGCAAAGAAAAUGAAGAACGACCCCCACGUGACAGAGGUGUCUGAUGAUGGGGCUCUGCUCAAAAGGUACCGCAAUGAAAUUGUAGACCUCAAGCGUCGUCUUCAGGAGGUUUCCUCAGUCACACAGACCACAGCGACGGAGAGGGAGGUUCUCUCCCAGCUCCUCCAAGAAAAGGAUCAGCUCCAGAGAGAACAAGAGGACCGCAUCAAAAACCUAACCAAGCUGCUGGUCACCAGCUCAAACCAGGUUCCUGUUCAAAAGAUGCCAAAACGCAGAGUUACGUGGGGAGGAAAGAUGCUCAGACUCGCCCAUCCCUCUGCAUGUGAUGGUGGUUCAUCCGACCUCAGUUUUGCAGAAUCUUUCACUCGGAAGAGGAAAGCGACUAAUGUCUCUUUGAUGGAGCUGGUUGAAGACGACGAGGACUUUGACUCUCACUGGGAGAUUCCUGAUGAGCCCACAGAUGAUAUGGAGAUCAGUCAGAGCUCUGUGACUGUCCGAAGCUUUGGAGACAGUCCCAAAGACUUCGUGUCUCCAGACCGUAUGCAUGAGCUUUCAGGAAAAGUGUCCAACCUGCAGCUGCAGCUGCAAACAGAAGUCCAACAGAAACAAGAGGCUUUGGAAAAGGUGUCAAUGUUGGACCUCCAAGUCGCAGACCUGGAGAGACAGCUGGAGGAACAGAGCAACACUCCAAGUCCAACUGAUGAACAGAUGAGGAAACAGUUUGCAGAGGCCAUCCAGCUGUGUGAAACACUAGCUUCAGAGAAGGACAUUGUGGUGGCUGAGCGAGACUAUCUGAAGCAGGAGCUCGGGAUGUUCAUGGAGCAGAUUGAAAUACUGGAGAAAGAGAAAGCUGUUCUGUCAAAGGAGAUGGAGGAGAAGAGAGAGCUGGACGAGUUCCAGUCUCUGGAGGAGGAGUUCAGGAAAGAACACGAGCUCCAGAGGUUGACUGAGGAGCUCGAGAGUGUGCGUGCAGAGAGAGACAGUCUGCUGUCUGAGAGGGAGGCCAGCUGUCAGAGCUCCACAGAGGACACGGAGAAGCUGCAGCUCAGAGUGACGUCUCUCAGUGAGGACAGAGAUCAGCUGCAGGAGACACUGGAGGGACUGAGACAGGAGAGGGAGCAGCUCAAAGCAGAACUAGAGGACAAGAUGGAGACAAUGCAGACUGAGAUGAGGACUCUGACAGAGACACUGCAGAGUGUUGAAGCAGAGAGAGACAGUCUGCUGUGUGAGAGGACGGCUGACGCUCAGACUCACAGUGAGGAGAUGGAGAAGCUGCAGUGCAGAGUGACGUCUCUCAGUGAGGACAGAGAUCAGCUGCAGGAGACACUGGAGGGACUGAGACAGGAGAAGCAGCAGCUCAGAGCUGAACUGGAGGACAGGAUGGAAAAGGUUGCACAAAUCCAGCAUGGGUUUAACCAGCCAGAGACACUGACCUCAGAACUGCAGCCACACGAUGAGGAAGUAACCAACCUUCAGCAAGAGAUAAAUCAACUCCAGGCUGCUCUACAGGCCGUGGGUGAGCAGAAGAGCCGGCUGGAAGUUGAUCUGCAGCAUAAUGUGGAGAUGGCUGCAGAGACUCAGAGUCUUCUGGAUUCACUUCAACAGCAGCUCCAAGAGCAGAAUGAAAGAAACAUUGACCUGGAAAGACUCAACCAAGAGAGAAAAGCUCAGCUAGAACAACAGGUUGCGGAGACUCAGCGUCUCCUGCAUUCUCUUGAAGAGGAGCUCCAGGAGCAGAAACGAAAUAACUCAGAUCAUCUGAAACUCUGUGAGCAGAAAGAAUCGGACUUAGAACAACAGGUGAGUUAAGAUGUUAGAAGGAUAUUUUAUAAACUCGGCCUUAACUGUCAGUGUUCUGACAGCUGGAAAUCUUUUCUGCAUAAACAGAACAAAGCUCUAACGGAGCAGCUUGAGGGUGUACGAGCAGAGAGAGACGGUCUGAUGUCUGAGAGGGAGGCCAGCUGUCAGAGCUCCACAGAGGAGAUGGAGAAGCUGCAGUGCAGAGUGACGUCUCUCAGUGAGGAGAGACAUCAGCUGCAGGAGACACUGGAGGGACUGAGACAAGAGAAGCAGCAGCUCAGAGCUGAACUGGAGGACAGGAUGGAGAUGAUGCAGUGUGAGUUCCAGCAGCAGCUCGGCUCUGAGCCUCAGUCACUGAGAGAAGAACAGGAGGCUGACAGACUUCUGCAGAUCCAACAGCUUGAGGAGCAGCUGGAGAAAAGUAAGGAGGAGGUGAACCAGCUGAAGUCCGACCUUCAAGAAAAUGUAGAGCUGAUGAUCGAGAACCAGGAGGAGCUGAGGGAGUCUCAGGAGAAGAUCAGAGCUCUGAAAGAUGAGCUCAACGUGCUGAGGAGUCAAAAGGCCGAGCUGGAGGGCAAAGCCAGCAGUGAGAGAGAUGCAGAGAUCGCCCUCCAGCUGCAAGAGCUCCAGAAUCAGCUCCAGAGGCUGACUGAGGAGCUGGAGAGUGUGCGAGCAGAGAGAGACAGUCUGCUGUGUGAGAGGACGUCCAGCUCUCAGACUCACAGUGAGGAGAUGGAGAAGCUGCAGUGCAGAGUGACGUCUCUCAGUGAGGACAGAGAUCAGCUGCAGGAGACACUGGAGGGACUGAGACAAGAGAAGCAGCAGCUCAGAGCUGAACUGGAGGACAGGGUGGAGAUGGUUCAGAGUGAGAAACUGGAUCUGACAGAGACACUGCAGAGUGUUGAAGCAGAGAGAGACAGUCUGCUGUGUGAGAGGACGUCCGGCUCUCAGACUCACAGUGAGGAGAUGGAGAAGCUGCAGCUCAGAGUGACGUCUCUCAGUGAGGACAAAGAUCAGCUGCAGGAGACACUGGAGGGACUGAGACAGGAGAAGCAGCAGCUCAGAGCACAACUGGAGGACAGGAUGGAGAUGAUGCAGUGUGAGUUCCAGCAGCAGCUCGGCUCUGAGCCUCAGUCACUGAGAGAAGAACAGGAGGCUGACAGACUUCUGCAGAUCCAACAGCUUGAGGAGCAGCUGGAGAAAAGUAAGGAGGAGGUGAACCAGCUGAAGUCUGACCUUCAAGAAAAUGUAGAGCUGGCUUCUACAACACGAGAACUCCUGAAGUCAGUGGAAGAGGAGCUGAGUGAGCAGAAACAGAUGAACUCUGAUCUGGAGAAACUGUGUCAGGAGAAGGAUUCCUCUUUAGAGCAACAGAUGAGGACUCUGACAGAGACACUGCAGAGUGUUGAAGCAGAGAGAGACAGUCUGCUGUGUGAGAGGACAGCUGACGCUCAGACUCACAGUGAGGAGAUGGAGAAGCUGCAGUGCAGAGUGACGUCUCUCAGUGAGGACAGAGAUCAGCUGCAGGAGACACUGGAGGGACUGAGACAGGAGAAGCUGCAGCUCAGAGCUGAACUGGAGGACAGGAUGGAGACAAUGCAGACUGAGAUAGCACAGCUGAAUGUGUCUCUGCAGACUGUGACUGAGCAGAAGAGGCAGCUGGAAUAUGAUCUGCAGCAGAACAUGAACACGGCUUCUACAACACGAGAACUCCUGAAGUCAGUGGAAGAGGAGCUGAGUGAGCAGAAACAGAUGAAGUCUGAUCUGGAGAAACUGUGUCAGGAGAAGGAUUCCUCUUUAGAGCAACAGAUGAGGACUCUGACAGAGACACUGCAGAGCGUUGAAGCAGAGAGAGACAGUCUGCUGUGUGAGAGGACGUCCGGCUCUCAGACUCACAGUGAGGAGAUGGAGAAGCUGCAGUGCAGAGUGACGUCUCUCAGUGAGGACAAAGAUCAGCUGCAGGAGACACUGGAGGGACUGAGACAAGAGAAGCUGCAGCUCAGAGCUGAACUGGAGGACAGAAUGGAAAAGAUCUCAGACUUCCAGAAGAAGUUAAGUGAGCAGGAACAGUUGAACUCACAGCAGCAGGCUGAGGAAGGAGAACGAGACACCAAGCUGCAACAAAGAGUGCAGCAGCUUGUGGAGCAGCUUCAGAUGUACAGAGAGAGACAGAGUCACGCUGAAGCUGAAGCUGAAGCCUCACAGCAGUUGCUCGACGAAGCGAACAAAACCGUCUCAGCUCUGAAAGAGCAGCUGAGCAGUUUGGAUCAGAGCGGCAGUGGAGUCAAGGUAACGGUGUCGUCACGGUUGGAGGAUUCGACGGGGCAGCUUCAGGAAUCCUUCGGAAAAUUCCAGCGAGUUAUAGACGUUUGUUCUAAGUAUAUAGGAGCGUUGGACAAGGAGCUGUGUCCCAUGAAGCCAGCUAAUUGUAGCUUUCUGCCAAAAGCCACCGAGAAUGCUUACAGCGCCGUGUGUCAGCUGCAGCUGCAGACCACUCUGAGUCUGGGAAAAAUUAUGGAGCACCUCCAGGAGCGAGCACAGGGCUACAGGAGUCUGUUUGAGGAGCUGGUGAAGACAGAUUUGGCUGUUUUUGAGGAGAGGCGCCUGCAGGAUGUGCUGCUGUGCCGCGCGCAGGCCCCCUGCUUCUCCGCCAAAGACGAGGACUUCCACGCACUGUGGCACCACAGACUGACGGAGCUGCUGGACAAGAGGCAGCUCUACCUGCAGAAAAUGGCCAGCGUGUUGGACAUGCUGUGGGCCCACAUGAGGUCUUUCCCCAGCGAGCUGUCAGCUGAGCUCACACACAGGGAGACGUUCAAGGAGCAGCUGAAGCCUGUGCUCACCAAGCAGCAAAUCAGCUUCAGCGGGGUGGACAGCAUCCUGAGCGCUGAGCUGGACCACAGAUCUGCAGUGGCGCACCACAGGAAGAUGAUUCUGCAGGGCAUCGUGGAUGAGCAGAACACGCAGUUUGAAGAGCUGAAGGCGCUGAAGGCUCAGGCUGAUCUUCAGCUCGGAGAGGAGAGAAGUAAGAGUUCCACUGUGCUGCGGGCGCUGGAGGGGGCUCCUCUCAAAACAGAGCUCUCCCUGCUCAAUGAUAACCAGCGACUUGUGCUUCAGCUCCAGCAAACUGAAGAAAAAAUCGAGGCGCUGCGUGUCCAAAACAAGCAGCUGGAGGACGCUCAGAUUAAAGCCAACAGCAGGGUGUCCAACCAUAAGCAGGCGACCCAGCUGCUGCAGACGGAGCUGCAGGACAGCCGCGCGCAAGUCGAGGACAAGGAAAAUGCGAUCCAAGCCCUCAGGAGCAAACUGCGAGAGUCUGAGAAAAAGAAUGCGUCCCCCAGUGCUGUUGAGUUGGAGAAACUCCAAACUAAACUGCUGAAAAUGGAGGUGGAGCUGAUUUCUGCAUCUGAUAAGCACAAACAAGAGAUCCAACAGAUGAACACAAUGUUGAAUCAGAAGGAAGAGUCGCUGAGGAAGCUGAAGGAGACGCUGAGGAAAUUACAGCAGCAGGGAGAGGAGUCGUUCCUGCAAGGUGAGGACCUCCAUGCCAGACUGACCAACCCCAAAGGCCUGCUGAUCAAGUCCAGCGUCCUGCUGGAGAAGACUAAACUGGAGGAGGAAGUCAAACAGCUGCAGCUGAAAAUAAUCCAGCUGGAGAGCUUGGUGUCCAGUCAGCAGGCAGAGAUCAGCAAGUGGAAGAGCAGAGCCAUCAAGCUGAAGGUGAAGAGCAAAGUCGAGGGGGACAAGCCUCCGUCACCCGGCACUCCCACCAAAAGAGGCCUUCCCAUGACCGCAGACUGCUCCAACCUCCUCAGCUCACCCAAGAAGUUUCUGAUUACUCCCAAGAAGGUCCUGGACUCUCCUAGGAAGGUCCUGGACUCCCCCAGGAAGUUGCUGGACUCUCCAAAGAUCUCUGUGCUGGACUCCCCCAAAAGCAGAUUCUUCGAUGUGGGUGGAAGCUCUGACCUGCUGUCCCGAAACUGUCCCAAGCAGUUCUUUGAUAACUCCAGCCUUGGAACCAUUCCAGAAGUUUUCCACGUUCCUGAUGAGCCAGACGCAGACAAGGAUGCAGCUGCAGGUAGAGACAGGAAGGAGGACUGGUGGCCUCAGUCUCCAACGCAAGAGGAAAUGUGUAAAACACAGUAAUAUGUCCACACGUGCAAUAUUUUUGAAUUUGUUUGUCUUUUUAAUGUCUCUGACUUUUCCAUUGUCUUGUUCUUAUUCUGUUCUAUAGUUCUAAUAAAUAAACG